AGUGGACAUUGCCGGAAUUAGUUAGCGUAGAAUAGCAGCACAGGCAACUCUCACGGCCACUUGGCGUAAGAAUAAACCAAACCAAGCCACACACCCAUUAUCCUCUGCAAGGCCUCUCAAAACACAAGACGCACAAUGAUUAAUCUCGACCGGCUCUUGGAGAGUGUCGACGAUGGCCACCUCGACGAUUCAGCCAAGUACGGGGCGACGCUACAACUCCUCUACUCGACAGUACGAAGAUACAACAGGACCUACGAGGAACUCGAGCGCCUCAAAGCGGCGACAGGCUUCAACAAGCCAUUCCCGCUCCUGCGCCUCCCUCGUGAGCUUCGCGACGAAAUAUACACCUACAGUCUGCGCGCCGCAAGCUCGGUCGAGACGGUACCGCGAAGGCCGUUUAUGCUCACCGAAGGCGAUAAUCCGUUCAAGCCGCCAACAGCAGGCCUACUGCGCGCAAACAAGCAGGUCUAUCACGAAGCCGUUGGGAUAUUGUAUUCGAAGAAUGUGUUCAGGUUCCAGGAGCCGGGGCAGUUGUUUGCCUUCGAGGAACAGAUCGGUGUUGAGAGUCGCAGGCGAGUCAGGGAGAUAUGUAUCUGGAUCAGAUUCCCUGGGAGAGACGAGGUGGUAUUGGAUCCGAAUCACUUGUCGCGGUCGGAAUAUGACAGCAUUCCAUCGCAUUGGAUUGCGGCUUUGAAGGCGUGUCGUCUUGAGAAGAUCGUGCAUCUAGGUAUUGAGGCGGAGGUGAUCGGUUCUCCAUUGUAUCUGCUUUCUAUGCCUGAGGGCCUGCGGGAAUUUAUUAGGGAGUUUCUGGGAAGGGUGGCAGACGAUGAGGUGCCGCGCCUCUCGCUGACGGGAUUCCGGGAGGAGGAACGGGGGAGGUUUCCUGAGAGGUGGGAGGUUGUGAUGGAUCAAUGGGAUGAUUAUAAGAACGAGCUUGAAGGACUUCGGAGGGAAUUGGAGGAAUAUCCCGAUACGCAAUGGACGUCUGAUCAUGGGAGUUUUGAAGACGAAGAGGAGGUAGAUGACGAAGAAUAGGCGCCCUAGCUUUCCUUGUCGGCAGUCUUCGGCCCCGUGGUUCCUAGGACCGCAGAUUUCACGUACCUGAAGACAUUCCUCUCGCUUUUAACUUACACAGAAUUAUAGUUAAAGUUA